GGUGUUUCCGGCUUAACUCCUAAACUUCCGGGUAGUGAUGUUUGCUAAUAAGAGUCGACUAGAGUGUGUGUGUAAUAAAGUGUGUCCCUGGAUUUAUUGACCAGUAAUGCGCGUAAUCCCAUGGCUACUGCAAAAACAUUAUUGUCUGUGUAACCGCGCUGUGCUUCUUGAGUCAUGUCGCAAGCUUCGUCUGGAUUGACUCCAGCUGCUCAUGGAUCCAGUAAGGGUCCUUUUAAUGCCUCGUAUAUUCCCAAUGAAGAAGAGAGGCGUGUCUUCAGAGAGUGCAAUUCAGAGAGCUUCUGGUACAGAUGUACAGUCUCAGGAUGCUUUGUCUUUGCUGGAUUCUGAAGAGAAAGAGACUUGUGAACAUGUUUGCUCUCUUGUUAUUUGCAGCCUUGCCUUUUUCUGCCAUUGCAAUCGCAGCCACUCAGGAAUCCUUACACCAUCACCCCGGUUUGGCUCUCUUCCCAAAGUUGCAUUUGCUGGCAUGCUUGGAUACAUUAGUGGGAAAAUGUCUUACAUGAGAGUCUGUGAAGAAAAGUUUAGGAAACUGGAGAACUCCCCACUAGGAGAGGCACUACGACAGGGACGUCUGCAUCACACGCCCUCAGUGCUAAACCAGUCAGAGUUUGAGGAUUCAAACCCAUCAGAAUCUCAACAGUCUGGUUCUGAGUCUGCAUCCCAACGUACGGCAGAAGGCAGUUCUAUGCCUGAGAGCUACAGCAGUUACACCAGUGACUAUACCUACAGCAGACCCUCCCAAUCAUACGACACCACUCCUUUUAGUUCUGGAUUCAGUGAUUCAGGUCCCGUUAACAUCAGGGAUGAUAUUUCUCAAGCUCCACUCUAUCCAGAUGAGGAUGUGCCCAAAAAGAAGCCAGUGUUGUAUGAGGACCUGCGUAGCAAGAAUAGAGAGAACUAUGAGGUCACUCUCACACAGAAAGCGGAAACACUGCUGAAACCACAAAGGGUGGUGCCAGUAGCUAAAAAGGAAGUUAAAAAGAACAAGUAUGGAGAUGCCUGGGAAGAGUAAGACUGACCUGAAGAAUCAGCUGUUUCAGGAGCUCAAGAUCUGAACGCAGUGACUUCUGUAGAGAUGUCAUGACUCAUUCUGCCAGAUUAGACCAAAAGCUGCGAUUAAAUGCUGAAUGUACUUUUAAGGAGUACAACUCCGUUUUCGAAAUGAAUGCAAAAAUCCUUUUUCUUGAUGGGACAUUUGUGGUUUAAAAAAAAUGUUUCUCCUCUUCAUUUCUUGCAUUAAGCAGAUGUAAGAAAUAAUUUUAACAAACUAUCAGUGUUUUUAUUAAUUAUGAAAUUCUGGUCAGAUGUGCUUGAGAUUUGUUAAAUUAUAUAAUAACCAAUAGAUAUGAUACUGUUCCACAUAAACCCAGAAAAUGUAAUAACAGCAUCAAGGGUGAAUCUCCACUGACAGUUUAGUGCAUCACAAUGUUAAAGCUGUGCACAAGUGACAGUUAAAUGUGUUUAGACUUGGACACAUGAUUAUAAUAAUGACUUUAUUCACUGAUGUUACAGUUAUUACAGUUCUCGGAGCUGGAGAUAAGAGACAAAGAUAUGCUUGCUCUUUAAAUUAUUUUAAUGAAAAUACACAUUUAAAUGUUUAAACAUUUCAAAUAAAGCCUGUGACAUCUGUAA